CGGUUUCGAAUAUGGUAUUGUGUACGUUAUUUUGGUUUUCAAUUUUUCAAACACAAUCCCGACAUCAUACAUGUCAUUCUUGCAAUCCGCCCUUCACGCCAACAGCCAACCAAGAACCUUGAUAGCAGCCGGUGACAUGUCGCCAGUCCCGUCGCUAUCACAGCCCAUCACCAUCUUUCAUCAUUCCGCCCCGCCAAUCUCCUGGGGGCGCAGCACUGGUGGAAGCGUACAUGACGCGGCUGAGGUUAUGCCCGAUGCUCUCUCUCAACGCCCACUUGGAAGGGUUGAGAUCGCCCAUCACAGCCAGGAACCAAUGCACCCCGCCGCCGACCAUGAUUCGAUAGUCAUCCUGCUGUUUGGUCGCUGGGCGUUCGGCAACACUGUGACACGUCCGGAGGCAGCCCAUGCGGGGGGCAUAUUUUCAGUUACAAACUCUGAUAGGGGGGAGGGCGUUUGGAUGAUUGUGGAGAACGGCACGGGACCGCGCGCCGGCAGGGUUACGCCAAUGGGCUCACUGACGCUCGCUCGCCGGGGGAGAGGUGAUUUCUCCUUAUCACAGCUGCUCACUUGGGCCAUCUCCUUGCAGAGCGUGCCCCCCGCUUCACGGCACUCGCAGUUCUUUUAUUGGAAACACCAUGACACCGUCAAGCUGCCUCUCUUGAUGACGACAGCCAUCGCGUUCCGUCCUCUCGUGACUCGUCCCUGGCUUGAACGCGUCUAUCCCAUCGCGGUCGUAUCCGAAACUGGAGAGGGAAAAAAGCCAAUGUUGCCAUCACAGAAAUCCCGAAUGCAACUGACCGUUCCCGUCUCGGGAUCCCCCCUGAAGAUCGAAGAAUUUGCUGCUUCACUUUUUUUUCAUCAUGGGCCUGGGGGAAUCCUGGAAUCUGAUACGCGCCAGAGCGGAAAAGGUUUGAAGUCAAAUUUACCUCUGUGGGGUUCUCCGAUGGUCUUGGCGCCAAUGAGAUCGGCGAGGCAUUCUGGCGAGGCAGUCUGCAGUUUCUGGCCCGUCUCGCGAAUUCCGGAUUCCACCUUGGAGUUCCACCUUCUCUCACAGCAACCCACACCGGUUCCCUCAAAUACAAAGGAAGCCCAAAGAGCCAUGGAUAAAAAAGGAAUCAGCCAUGGGCAUGCCAGAUUCCAUUGCUGACACCACCUGGCAGUGCUUUCCGGAUGCAGUCAUCUCUGAGCGCAAACUGGGCGAACUGGAACUGGAAUUGGGCGAACUGGGGAUGACGGUCGCGACAGCAUCCAUUUUGAGUUUACUGCCGCGCCGAUAGUGUCGUGUGCUGUCGAUUCUGGCGUGUCUCGGUCGGUCUCCCGCAUGUGCGAUCUGUCACCUGCCGCGUCACCGUCGCUGUCCGUCCAAGCAUUGCAGUCCACGAUUCAAUUCUCUGAUCCUCUGUCUGCGCAACGGCAGCCGCAAGUGGGCAGACAUCGGCAUGCCGGACUGUGAUGUGAUUGCUGGUGUCGUCUUGUUGACAUCAUUCCGGUCGUCCACAAACGGAAGAAAACAGGGCCAAUGUUUUUCGUUUCCC